CCCCACCUUUCCCUUUCGCUUUCUCUAAGCACUCACACAAAAACCAUUCAGGCAGACAGCCACUUUGCAUUGUCCAUCACAUCUCUUUUUCUAAUUAAUUCUAUUUUUUUCUUCUUUCUUAGUACUGCUCUGCUUUGCACAUGGGUUGUCUCGUUCAACGUUUGAUCCCUCCAAUGCCCGAAACACCUGCUUUUUCUAGAAUUGUAGUAUUGGUCGAGUCACAGUCAUACCCAUUUCAGCUGGAUACCCUGUAACUUGUAAGCAAGCUACCCAUCACUUCAAUUCAAUCACCUUCCCUUGGUCAAUGAAUUUGGUGGAUUCUGUAGAUGCUGUGUGUGAUUUGGUAGGUGAGGAGGUUGCCUGAAAUGGGGAUAGUGACAGGAGUGAUGAAGAAAUCACAGGCAUGGGAGAGAGUUGGCGCCAAUUCCAGUGUGGUGAGGAGGAGGAUGAAGGACGAUGAUUGUAAUGACGAUGAACAGCAAGGCAUUACUAACAAUAACAACAAGUGUGGGUGUUGGCAUUAUCUCAUGCCCAACUGCAUUGCCACCAGAUCCUCUACCUCUACUGUGAUCAUCACUACUACUGUGGAAAGUAGAUCUCUGGAUAAUAUCUGCAAAGAGGCACCCAUCCCUCAGGCAGGUUCUUCAACAAGCAGUACUGACAAUGAAAGUAAUCCGUCAACCCCAAAAGGAGGUGAAUUGAAAUUAGCAUCACAGUUGCUUAAAUUCUCCUUCAAUGAACUCAAAUCUGCAACUAGAAACUUCCGACCAGAAAGCAUUCUAGGAGAAGGUGGCUUUGGCUGUGUUUUUAAAGGGUGGAUAGAAGAAAAUGGGACUGGCCCUGUAAAGCCAGGUACUGGUCUUACUGUUGCUGUGAAGACAUUAAACCAUGAUGGGCUGCAGGGGCACAAAGAAUGGGUGGCAGAAGUCACCUUCCUUGGUCAGCUUCAUCAUCCUAAUCUAGUUAAACUAAUUGGUUACUGCAUUGAAGAUGAUCAGAGGCUUCUUGUUUAUGAAUUCAUGCCACGAGGCAGCUUGGAAAACCAUCUAUUUAGAAAAGGGUCCCUGCCUCUCCCGUGGUCUAUCAGGAUAAAAAUUGCUUUGGGUGCAGCAAAGGGCCUGGCAUUUCUUCACAGAGGGGCUGAAAGACCAGUAAUUUAUCGAGAUUUCAAAACAUCAAAUAUCCUGUUGGAUUCGGAAUAUAAUGCCAAACUAUCAGACUUUGGACUAGCGAAAGAUGGACCUGAGGGAGACAACACUCAUGUUUCAACUCGAGUUAUGGGAACAUAUGGUUAUGCUGCUCCAGAGUAUGUCAUGACUGGACACUUAUCAUCCAAGAGUGAUGUCUACAGUUUUGGUGUUGUGCUACUUGAAAUGUUGACUGGUCGAAGAUCCAUGGAUAAGAACAGACCAAGUGGUGAGCAUAAUCUGGUGGCAUGGGCUCGACCUUAUCUUACAGAGAAAAGAAAACUUUACCGUCUUAUGGAUCCCCGGUUGGAAUUUCACUAUUCUGUGAAAGGGGCCCAGAAGGCUGCUCAGAUAGCGCAUCAUUGCCUAAGUCGAGACCCAAAAGCCAGGCCUCUUAUGGAUGAUGUUGUUGAGGCUCUUACACCUUUGUUAAAUCUGAAAGAUAUGGCAAGCUCAUCAUUGCAUCAUCAAGUUGUACAAUCUGUUCAUUCAGGUCGCCAUCCACGCAUGGCAAAUGGAAAUGGACAAUUGCCUUCGAAAAAUGGACUCCCUAGAACCAGUUCUAAGGAUUCCUGUAUGUCACCAUGUCAGCAUUCCCCCAGGCAUAAUGGCAAAUGAUUGUAGGUACUGAAGCGCUUUUUAGUUGUUGCUUGAAUUUGCAUAUGAAUGGAAAAUCUGAGACUGAUUUGAAAUUUACCGAGGCAUGUCAGAAGGGACAUCUUUUACACAGAUUAUCUGCUUACGACUUAGGUGUCUGAAGGGGGUGCUUGUUUGAUAGACAAUUCAGCUAUCCUGAUAGUAGGAAGAGUCUUGGUCUAUCUAAUGUCAAAAGCAUAUGUGAUUGAUCUCAGAGGACAUACAGCACAGACUACAGCUUCUUUAUGUUAAAAGGAACAGCCAUUCAGGUACUUCCAAAUAUUACUUUCACAAGGAGGCGCACUACUCUUGAUGGCAGAAAUUAUUCAAGGUUAACUCCUUUCAAGUUUUUCUUCUGGCCUCUUAAAAUCUAUUGGUACUUUGAGAGUGUACUUUGUAACAUCUCUACAUACAACUUUUGGAAACCAAAGGCAUUUUUUAUUGAAGAUUUUGUUGUAGAUGGCUUUGUUCCAUAAGAUUACUGGUUUCCCACUUCGACUCCAAGCAUUUCUGUAAUUAAUUCUGAUUUCAUUCUUGAUUCCCUGGAGUCUGCAUAAAAUACUGACGAGGCAUCAGUCUCUGAGCUAUACACUGUAUAGGACGCCAUUAAUGGUAAAGGCAUUGGGUAUCUCCUUCAUUUC